ACACUGACACAAAAUGAGAAUCUUAUCCUCUGGUCAGGAAGAAGAAGAGAAAGAUGAGUUCCGUAGGCCAAAGCAUUCUCAUGGCUUUAACAGUAACGGUUAACAAAUAUGCUUCUUACAAUGUUCCAUCUGUACGCAGAAACGAUACCAAACGCGAUUCUUUAGCCGCUCGAACCGCUGAUUUAGGACGCAGAAACGUCCUCUUCUCCUCUUCCUCAUUCAUCGCAGCCGCUUUGACCACCAGCGAUCAACUUCUCCAGAAGUAUUUGAAGAAGACUGAGGAAAACAAAGCCAAGAAUGAUAAGGAGAGAUUGGACGGUUAUUACAAGAGGAAUUAUAAGGACUAUUUUGAGUUUGUUGAAGGAUCUAUAAAGGGAAAGACAGAAGCAGAGCUCAGUGAGUCUGAGAAACGGAUUCUUGAAUGGCUCAAAGCCAACAAAUGAUUACGAAUUUACGAUGAUGAUGAUGAUGAUGAUGAUGAUGAUGAUAAGUUUUUGUUUGUUUAUGAAACUUUUUUCGUAAAACAAGACAGCUCAGUAAUUUAAAAAUCUUGCUUAAAGUUUUGGUUGAAUCUGUUUCUUCCCUUUCUCUAUAUUUUCGAAAAGCGAAGGAGUACCAGAAUCCAAGCUCAGUCUUGUGGUUGUGGAUGCAAUGACAGAGUCAAGGGAGUGGAGUGGAGAAGUGACUUGAAGCUAGUAGUCUCUCGUCUCCAUGGGAGAUAGAAUUUUCGAAAUAGCCUAAACCGUCUGUGUUUCCACUCAAGGAUGUGGCUUGAACCUGUCUAGCUACUCGUUGAUAAGCUUGUCCACGGCGUUUCCAGUUGCUAUAUUCUUUAAACUGUUAUCUGUUAGACACAUUUUGUAGUAUCCUUUAUUGUUUCCACCGGGACCAGAUUACAGUGCCCUUUCACUA